GUUGCAGCAAAAGAUGGGGUCAUUGGGUCAGCAGAAACCUCAUGUAGUGGUCUUCCCUUACCCAGUCCAGGGUCACAUGAAUCCAUUAAUGGAGUUUGCUAAGAGGCUUGUCUGCAGAAACCUCCAUGUGACUUUCAUCACCACAGAGAGAGUUAGAGAGCGAAUGAUAAAAGCUCAGAGUGGGGCUACUGUUCAUGUGACCAGUGCUUUGCAGGAUAUCAGAAUUGAAACAAUUUCAGAUGGGCUUUCUCCUGAUUGUGAGCAGACGAAAGAUGUAGAUAUGGUAUUUGAUUUGUUUAGAAAAGUUGGAGGUCUUACACUUGAACAGGUGAUAGAGAGGCUCAAUUCUCAAGGUGAUACAGUCUCUUGUAUUGUCUAUGAUUCUCUGCUGGAAUGGGUUCCUGAUAUUGCAAGCAAGUUUAAUAUUCCUUCAGCAUUUUUCUGGACGCAGUCCUGUGCAGUUUAUUCCAUCUAUUAUCAUUUUUACACAGGAAUGGUGAAAGCAAAAGAUGAAGCAGGGAACGUGAGAGAUGUAAUAGAAAUACCAGGGCUUCCACAGCUAUGCCAAUCAGACUUGCCAUCCUUUCUACAGCCUUCAAAUACAAAUGGGCCAUUAUUCCGACUGGUGAUGAACCAAUUUAGUACCAUUUCCCAGGCCACAUGGAUACUGGGAAACUCUUUUGAUGAGUUGGAAAUGGCAGAGAUACAAUCCAUGGAUUCACUCAUUCCAAUAAGAACAGUAGGCCCUCUUCUUCCCUCGGCUUUUCUAGAUGGAAACGAUCCACAAGACCAAGAGGUUGGAACAAAUCUUUGGAAAGCAGGGAAUUGUAUAGACUGGCUCAAUACAAAGGAAGCCUCAACUGUUGUAUAUGUUUCCUUUGGCAGUUUAGCUGUUCUUUCGAAAGAGCAGAUCAUAGAAAUAGCCCUUGGGUUGAAGGCCAGUCGUCAUUCUUUUUUGUGGGUGAUUCGUCCUGAUGAUAACAAAGAAGAAAAUAAUAAUGUAGAUGAGUUUCUAGAGGGUUUCCUUGAGGAAACUGUAUAUCAAGGGCUAGUUGUGUCAUGGUGUCCACAGAUGGCAGUGCUUAGUCAUCCUUCUGUGGGUAUGUUUGUCACACAUUGUGGAUGGAAUUCUACAUUAGAGAGCCUCAGCUCAGGUUUACCUGUCCUAACUAUUACUCAGUGGAGUGAUCAACCAACUAAUUCUAUGUAUAUUGAAGAGGUGUGGAAGACUGGAAUAAGAUUGAAUAAAUUAGGAGAUGGGCUAGUUGGGAGGGAUGAGGUGGAGAAAUCUAUUAAGAGAGUUAUGGAAAGUGAUGAAGGUUUGGAGUUGAGGAAGAAUGCUUUGCAGUGGAAGAUAUUAGCAAAGAAAGCAAUGGUGAAAGGUGGAUCUUCUGAUAAGAAUAUUGAUUGUUUCAUUCAUGAAGUCAUUGCUAGAACAACACUGGCUUGACACAUAAUUAUUAAUUGGAACUAAACUUUCUCUUAACAGAGAAUUCGAAACUAUGGCAUCUGUAAUGGUUUGACAUGCGGAUAAAUUCAUAUAUCACGUGGUUGUGAUUGUUGCAAUUAACUAGUAGCAAGCAUGUACAUAGUAGCAAGCAUCUACAAUGAUUGAGACAAAUUCAUUAUUUUA